AUGGCGACCGUCGCGAAAUCCCAUGUUGUCGAUGUGGAGGGAAGUGAUUGCCAGAGCUCGGUCGUCGGUGUCUGCGACGUCUACUUCCAUUCUGGCGAACAUUGUGGGGUGUCUGAGAAGCAGAAGGGAUCCUCUGCGUCAGAUUGUUCUGGGGAGGUGGAUUUGGAAGGCGAAGUGCCCGACGUUAAGCUGCAUUUGACAAAAGUGGAGAGGGAUUGUAGGAUUUGUCAUCUUAGCUUCGAUGCAGCCAAUCUGGAAUCUGGGGUACCCAUUGAGUUGGGAUGUUCUUGUAAGGAUGAUUUGGCUGCUGCCCACAAGCAGUGUGCUGAAGCUUGGUUCAAGAUUAAGGGAAACAAGACUUGUGAGAUCUGUGGAUCAAUUGCACACAAUGUUGCUGGUGUAAAUGAUACUGAGUUGAUGGUGCAGUGGGACGAGACGAAUGAUGCUACAGCAACAGCACCUAUGCACCAAACAGAGUCUCGGCGCUUCUGGCAGGGUCACCGGUUUCUGAAUUUUCUGCUUGCUUGUAUGGUCUUUGCAUUUGUCAUCUCUUGGCUGUUUCACUUCAAUGUACCUUCAUGAAAUACCGUGACAAAAAAAAAAAAAAAAUAUGGCAUUUCUCUUAGGGUUGAUGGCUUUUAGCACCUGCAAAGGCACCCUGCUCGAUAACCGCAUAUCCACUCUUGCUUUUAGUAUUUGUCUAUCUGAUUGAUGUUAUUGUGUAAUCGGGAAUGUAUUCACCAAGAUAGUUAUCAUGUCACUGUUGUUAGUUGUAACUUUAUUUGCUUUGUAACAGUUGUAUUAAAAUGUAGCCUUCUCACUCUCACCUUUCA